CACAAUCGGAGGCAGUAGGGAGUGAAGCAGCAUCUGUAUGAGGCGAGAGAAAGAACCUGCAUGGAAUGGAGGAGCGCUAGAGCAGCACUGUCGCUGUCGUCAAGACUCCCACCACCGCUGCCACUCUGGAUUGGGUGUUAAUGGAAGACACUCAGAGCGGCUCUGUGAUGCCCGAGGGACCAGCUGUGUGGAUCCAGUGCCACUUCUGAUAUGAUGCUUAGAGCAGGAGGGGCAGCCACCUCUCUUGCACUGCUGCUGCUGCUGCCGUUGCUGUGCUGCUGCCACCUGUGCCACUCGCUGCGGGUUCCAAAACUCUCCUCUUUUGCGAAAGCAGAAGACAAACUGUUCAAAUACCUCUUUGUAAACUACCAGAAAUGGGUCCGUCCAGUGGAAUACCUAAACCAGACGAUCCGUGUGAAGUUCGGACUGGCCAUCUCCCAGCUAGUUGAUGUGGACGAGAAAAAUCAGCGAAUGACAACCAAUGUGUGGAUGAAACAGGAGUGGCUUGACAGAAAGCUCAGAUGGAACCCGGAUGACUAUCAGGGCAUCACAACUAUCCGAGUCCCUUCUGACAGGAUCUGGCUCCCUGACGUUGUAUUGUAUGAUAAUUCAGAUGGGCGUUUUGAAGGUACUGUCACCAAGGCAGUGGUUAAGUAUGAUGGGACCAUAUCAUGGACACCACCAGCCAAUUACAAGUCAGCCUGCAUCAUUGAUGUCACCUUCUUCCCUUUUGACCUCCAGAACUGUUCAAUGAAGUUUGGCUCCUGGACAUAUGAUGGCUCCCAGGUGGACAUCACUCUGGAGGACUUCCAUGUGGACAAGCAGGACUAUUUUGACAACGGUGAAUGGGAGAUAGUGAAGGCUACAGGCAGCCGUGGUCUGAGGACAGACAGCAGCUCUUCCUAUCCCACCAUCACCUACUUCUUCAUCAUCCGCAGGCUGCCUCUUUUCUACACCCUCUUCCUCAUCAUCCCCUGCAUUGGCCUGUCUUUCCUCACCAUCCUUGUCUUCUAUUUGCCAUCCAACGGUGGCGAGAAGAUCUCUCUCUGCACCUCAGUUCUGGUGUCGCUCACCGUUUUCCUCCUGGUCAUCGAAGAGAUCAUUCCUUCCUCUUCGAAGGCUAUCCCUCUCAUCGGGGAGUACCUGGUCUUUACUAUGAUCUUCGUCACGCUCUCCAUCGUCAUCACCGUUUUUGCUAUCAACAUCCACCAUCGCUCCUCUUCUACACAUCAUGGCAUGGCACCCUGGGUGAGGAGGAUCUUCCUGCAUCGACUGCCUAAGCUGCUGUGCAUGCGCAGCCAUGUGGACCGUUACGCUCCUGCUGAACUAGCCAGAGCAGGAGGACUGGGUAUGAUGAAGAACUCAAAAUCUGAACUUACACCUCUGCUCUACACCAGACAUAACCUACAAGCAGCUUUAGAUUCUAUUCGCUACAUAACCAUGCAUGUGGUUAAAGAAAAUGAGGUCAGAGAGGUGGUUCAAGACUGGAAAUUUGUAGCCCAGGUCCUGGAUCGAGUGUUUCUUUGGGCCUUCCUCCUGGUGUCGAUCCUGGGCUCUGCUCUCCUCUUCAUCCCGGUUAUUUACAAAUGGGCCAGCAUCAUCGUCCCUAACCAUAUUGGAAGUACCCUCUAAGAGCCGCAGUUCAACUAACCACUAAUGGAGGCAAAGCACAUUAACAGCUUGUUGUGGGUCAUAUUUGAGAUUUGAAAGACUGACAUUCUGUGAUUACAACUUAGAUACGGUCCUGCUCGUCCUCUCCACAUUCAGUCUGUACGCUACAGCUGUGCCAGAGUUUCAGCUGCAGAUUUGAGGCCUUGUUUGCUUAGUGUAUCUCUCAGAGACAUGUUUUUGUUUGUUUUUGAGAGAUUUUGAACGAUGUAUUAAGAUAAAUUAACAGACUCAAUUGAUGUAUCACGUAUGAUAAGAAGAAUCAUAGAUAAUUUGGGAUAAAUGUCCAACUACUGGCUCUUGUGUUUAUGAAGGUUGCAGGCUCAUUUAAUUCAUUUCAAAACAAAUUAAUUAAUCUCUGUAAGGGAGAUUUUAUGACAGCGUGCCACCCAGAUCAACAGAUAGAGAAUUCUCAUUUCACAUACUACUCUAUGUGUGCGUAUCUGCUAUAUGUAGGGUUUGGAAAAAUGACCACUUUAUCUGUGGGGCAGAAUUAAAAUAAAUGUGAUGGUUCAACUGUAAUUCUACUUUCACAAAUGUGAUAAAGAGCAAGGACAAGGAAAGUGAUCAUAGAACCACACAUUCCUUCUAAUAAAAGACUUGUAUGUCUCAGUGAUCUUUCCUCCUGUGUACAUUCAGAGGGCCACAGUUACAUGAGCACGAUCUUUAGAUAAUACAUUAGAGUGCCACACAGGUCAGACACUCCCUUUUAGGGAGACACAGGGUUUAAUAGCUUCUCUAUUCAUUCUGCUUGACUGUGCGUGGGAAAGAGAGCCGGACGUUCUUGCCCAGACUUGAAUUUCCCUGACAACCUUUCUGCCUGAGGACAAAUCCUGUAUUCUUUACGGGGACUGUAAUACGAGUCUUAAUAACAGAUCCGUGUGGAGGCACUGUGGGUCAAGGAUGUUUUUACCUAAAGAAAUCUUUCUUGUUACUUGAUGUUGCAUGCAGAUACCUCAGAGGAUAUAAUAUAGAGACAUGUGAUAAAGAGCCUUAGGUUUAUUACGCCACUAUCAACAUCUCCAAGCACCAGAAAAGACUCUCUGUGCUCCAGCAGCUGAGCAGCUCAGCCUUUAGAUGAGGCUGCACUGCCUCCUCAUGGCCGUAUCUUCACAGGACAGCUGAAAAAACAACAACGGCACCACCAGCAUGAACAUAUUGGUGAUUGUAGUGAUGCAAUUUGUGACAUUCCAGUUACUGCUACACUAAAUAUAGAAACUGUAAACAAAAAACAAGCACAUAUAACGUCUGUGGGGCAUUUAGUUUUGUAUUUGUAUUUUAAAAAAACAGAUGGACGAGACGAAUAAAGGGUGAAGAGAUCUAGAAGAGUCCAAAAGAAAAUGAGGGCUCCUAAACUGAGUUGGUCAGUUUAACAUAAGGCCCAAUAUUCUUUCAAUUUCAUCCGACACUGCACAUUGCAUUCACCUGUCUAAUAGGUAAAAAGGUUUUGCAUGGAACUGGUGAAAAAAUAUAUGUAGUGCUGAAAUCAAUCCCAAAACAUGCAAUGCAUC